AUGUCAAAGAGAAAAAAAUUAUUUUGGAAACGCAACUAUACGAAAAAGAGAAAUACUCAUGGGGAAUUUGCACUAUUAUCAGUUUGCAAUAAUUUUCGGUUAAGCAGAAAACAAGUUGAUGAAGUACAUAAUAUAAUAGAUAACAGUAAAUGUGGUCCAAAUGAACAAGACGGAUGCGUUCCUUGUCCUUGCCCUGAGCGGACAUGCCAAGUACCAGAUCCCAAAUGUCCCGAUUUGGUUUGUGCUCAAGCUUGUUUUCCAUUUUGCGAAUGUAAGCCUGGCUACUUGAGAGAUGCUACAACCAAGAAAUGUGUACCGAAAAGUAGUUGCCCCAAGAAAGGAUAUUGAAGACAAAAAACAACAAACUAUAACGCUUUUCAUCAAUUUGAUGGUUAAAACGUAUCACUAGAUAAAAAUGUUUUGUUAUUAUUAUUAUUAAGUAAUUAUGUAUGUAUGUUUGUAUUUUGUAUCUCAAUCAAAAGAAAUCCCAAUUAAAUUUUUAUAUACGUA